AUGGCGAACUCAAAACACAUGGCGACGACGAUACUACGUGUGCAGGGUAUGACAUGCGGAGCAUGUACUUCAGCUGUGGAGAAUGCCUUCAAGGGUGUACCAGGUGCGGGCGCUGUCUCGGUGAGCUUAACUAUGGAGCGGGCAGUGGUGCAGCAUGAUACUGGCGAGCUUCAGGCGGAAGAUGUCAAGGACUUGAUUGAGGACCGAGGAUUCGAUGCAACAGUCCUGUCGACGGACAUGCCUCUUCUCCGCGAUAGCGCAGACACCGCAGCGGCUGGGGACACUGGUGCGAGAUUCUCCGCAAGUGAAUUUCACACAACUACCGUCGGCGUUGACGGGAUGACUUGCGGAGCCUGUACCUCGGCGGUCGAAGCUGGCUUCAAAGGUGUCGAUGGUCUGGUGCAGUUCAACAUCAGCCUUCUCGCUGAGCGAGCGGUCAUUCUCCACGAACCUGACAAGCUCUCCGCUGAUCAGAUCUUGGAGAUCAUUGAAGAUCGUGGCUUCGAUGCGAAGCUCAUGUCUUCCCAACAAAACAUGCUAAAUCAACAAACGCCAAGCCGAACAAUUCAUUUGAAGAUAUUCGGACUCCCAGACUCUGCUUCUGCGACAGCUCUUGAAGACAAUCUUCGAUUGUUGCCAGGUAUCACAUCAGCGGUGGUGACCCUAUCUACAUCUCGCCUCAGUGUAGAUCACGUGCCCUCUACAACAGGGCUACGAACCAUCGUAGAAACCAUCGAGAACUACGGAUAUAAUGCACUCCUUGCCGACAACGAUGAUAACAACGCUCAGCUAGAGUCUCUCGCAAAAACACGAGAAAUCCAGGAAUGGCGGCACGCUUUCUGGUAUUCAUUCGCUUUCGCCGUGCCUGUCUUCUUGAUCAGUAUGAUCAUUCCAAUGACCCUCCCACAAUAUGAUUUUGGAGCCUUGAAAUUGAUUCCUGGUUUCUACGUCGGGGACUUUUUAUGCCUGCUCCUCACGCUGCCCGUGCAAUUUGGUAUUGGGAAGAGGUUUUAUGUCUCAUCUUACAAGUCACUCAAGCACGGCUCACCUACAAUGGACGUCCUGGUCACGCUAGGUACAUCAGCUGCAUUCUUCUUCAGCGUUGCGGCCAUGGCUGUCUCAAUGCUCAUACCGCCACACAAUCGCCCGCAGGUAGUUUUUGAGACGAGUACGAUGCUUAUCACUUUCAUUACCCUAGGCCGCUAUCUUGAAAACAGAGCAAAGGGACAAACAUCAAAAGCCUUGUCUCGCCUUAUGUCUUUAGCACCGUCCAUGGCAACAAUCUACGCGGAUCCAAUCGCCGCCCAGAAGAUGGCCGAGGAUUGGGACAUACCUUUUGCAUCCGAUUCCGAGAAAUUUGAUGCCCUACCUGAAAACAAGACAAACUCUGCUGUCGAAGAAAGAGUCAUACCUACAGAGCUGAUCGAGGUCGGGGAUGUUGUGGUUCUUCGCCCUGGUGGUCAAGUACCUGCCGACGGAGUAGUCACACGUGGCCAAAGCUACUUCGAAGAGAGCAUGGUAACCGGAGAGGCCGCGCAAAUCAUUAAGAGACCUGGCAAUGAACUCAUGGCCGGUACUGUCAAUGGAACAGGACGUAUUGAUUUCAGGGUGACCCGAGCUGGUCGCGAUACCCAACUCAGCCAAAUCGUCAAGCUUGUGCAGGAAGCUCAAACCACUCGAGCACCUAUACAGCGUAUGGCCGACGUCGUUGCUGGUUACUUUGUGCCUAUCAUAAUGGGUCUUGGACUUUUCACGUUCGUCGCGUGGAUGGUCUUAAGCCACAUCUUGCCAGAGGACAAAACGCCAGAGAUCUUUCGUAAACCAGAAAGUGGCGGCACCUUUAUGAUCUGCCUCAAGCUUUGCAUUUCUGUCAUUGUUUUCGCCUGUCCAUGUGCUCUAGGCUUGAGUACGCCGACAGCAGUGAUGGUUGGCACAGGUGUAGGAGCAGAACAGGGCAUCCUGGUCAAGGGCGGUGCUGCUUUAGAGACUGCUACAAGAGUCACACAUAUCGUUUUUGACAAGACGGGAACACUGACCGUUGGCAAAAUGAGCGUCGCAGACGUACACUUGCAGCAAGUAUGGGCAACAUCUGUUGAGACGGAAAGGCUGUGGUGGUCACUUGUCAGCCUUGCAGAGAUGGGUAGCGAGCAUCCUGUUGGCAAAGCCAUUGUUGAUGCUGCAAAGCGCAACAUGCAAGUAGGAGAUAACUGUAUGAUUGAUGGUAGUGCUGGUGACUUCGAAGCUACUGUAGGUCGUGGUAUCUCAGCGAAUGUCGAGCCGGCUGUGUCUACGCCGAAGAAACGCUAUCAUGUCCUCAUUGGAAACGCAGCAUUCCUUGCCUCGAAGGGCUCCACAAUAUCAUCGGAGGAAGCGCUUCAAUCUACACACGCAUCCAGCAAAUCUUCGAAUGAACCGCGAUCAGGGACAACUCAAAUUUAUGUUGCAAUUGAUGGUGCAUAUGCUGGGCGCUUGUCGCUGUCUGAUAGUAUCAAAUCAACCGCUUCAUCAGCGUUGAUUGCACUGAAUCGGCUCAACAUCGUCGCCUCCCUUGUGACAGGCGACCAGGAGGCAGCAGCAAUUGACGUUGCAAGCCAAGUUGGAAUACCAAGAACAAAUGUCCAUUCUGGAGUAUCGCCCGACCAAAAGCAGCAGAUCAUCAAAGAUAUCCAGGCUGGCGGCGUAGUCGUUGCCAUGGUCGGCGAUGGCAUUAACGACUCACCUGCUCUCGCCACUGCAAACGUCGGCAUUGCUCUCAGCUCUGGCACUGACGUUGCAAUGGAGGCAGCGGACAUUGUUCUGAUGCGGCCGGAAGACUUACUCAGCGUUCCCGCCGCCUUACAUCUUUCAAGAACAAUUUUCAAUCGCAUCAAGCUCAACCUCAUUUGGGCCUGCUUGUACAACCUGACUGGUCUGCCAUUCGCGAUGGGAGUGGGUUUGAUGCUACCAGGUCAUUUUAUGCUUCCUCCUAUGGCUGCAGGGGCAGCUAUGGCAGCCAGUAGCGUCAGCGUCGUGGGAAGUAGUCUACUGCUGAAGUUCUGGAGCAGACCUAAAUGGAUGACGACCGAGAAACUCGAGGCUUCAGGACUUAGAGACGGCAACUUGAAGGACAUGAAGAUGGCGCGCGACAGGUCAUUCACCGAUUACUUCGGCCUGAGCACUAUCAAACGCAUCCUGAGCGAAAAGCUUGGCAAGUCUGUGCACCAUGAAGAAGGAUAUUUGCCUUUGCAAGCAGUGGAAAAUGGCGAGCUAGCCGCACUCGAAGUAACGGAUGCCCGCCAACCACGCAACCCGCUCUCGCGACCGACCCAGCUCUUUCAACGCCAAUCCUCGCGAUUUGUUACCGUUGACAACAUCCUCCAACAUGCUUAUGAUAUCCCUUCUAUGCAGCAGCGCCAACCCAAUGCAAUUCGACCCAGACAUACUCGCACGCCAAGCGGCAGACCUUCGGAUCCAAAGCUGGCGGGACGCUUGGUUCCCCAACACCUCCCUCCCCGAAGCACGAAGCUUAGCGAGAAAUUGGUGCUCUUGCCCGAGACUGCCCCAGAGGAAGCCGAAAUCGAGGAGAAGGCCGAUUACGACGAGGAUAAUGAAGAAGCACCGACAAGGGACAAUGAGGAGAUUCUCCGCAAAACUGGCGGGAGAAAGGGGAAGAGCUACGCAGAGCGCUUGCCCAAAGCCAGAAGAGCAGAGAAGCUGUCCCGAGUCACUGCGUAUUGUACCGCACAAGCCUACAAGUUGAAGUCUACCGCGGCGUUCCUCAAAGAUCGGCAUGCGGCUAGAAUCAAACUCUAUGAUGAUUGUAUAUACGUCGUAUAUCAUUUACCGCUACUUCUAGGUAUAGAAGGAUAUAGGGUUCGUAGCAGCCCCGUGCUCAAGAGCGCUGGGGGUAAAGCGGUCCUGGACGAGGAAAUGGAAAGAAAUGAGUUGCGUGAUUAUGGGGAAGGUUAUUUUGAGGAGGACGGUGGAGAGAGCUAUGCGGUCACAGGAGCAGAUGAGGCUGAGAGUCCCCAGCCAGAACAAGGACAAGGACAAGAAGAUACAAAUCAAGCGGACGGUAGGGAGACCGGGAACUCGCCCCCACCAAGGUCUUCAAGUCCGACCAAAGUAUCGCCUGACGCUCUGGGAUUUGCAGAGAUGUUCGUCUUCUCUUAUGGCGUCGCAGUCUUCUGGAACUUCACGGAACGACAAGAGAAGGACAUUCUGGCAGACUUGACGUUCUCGGAGUCAGAUAUCGGUUUACCACUGCUAAUACGUCCUCAAACGGAAGAAGAUUUCGAGACGGAGGAAUUUCACUUCGAAUAUUCGCCCGCAAUCCCGCGACCGCGAAUCUUCAAUGACAUGAUCACACUUCGCAGCGGAGAUCACAUGAUCAAGCUGGCUAUGGCUCACGCGAUUGCACAAAGUACAAAGUUGUGCUUUUUUGAGCAGCGAAUGGCUAAUCAAAUGUUCGAGGCGCAGCACGUCCCGAAGCGGCUUGCUCUGGAAGGAAAACUGGGCCUCAAACGAGAAGAUGUGCUGAAAAUUCUCGGUUCCCUUUUCAAGAGCCGCGUCGACGUCAAUCUCUCCUCCAACGUUCUGGACGUGCCCAAUUUCUUCUGGGAAAGCGAGCCAACCCUCCAUCCACUCUACUCGGCGGUCCGCGAAUACCUCGAGAUCAAGCCGAGGAUCCAGGUACUCAACGAGCGAUGCCAGGUGUUUCUGGAUUUAGCGGAAAUCCUGAGUGACUCAAUAGCAGAUAACAAGAUGUCUCGGUUGACGUGGAUUAUCAUCGUACUGAUCAUUCUUUCCAUCUUUGUUACUUGCUCAGAAGUCUUCCUACGGUUCGGCUUGUUGUCGAACCGCACGACUAAGGCGAAGGCUUUGGCCCAGGGCGUUCUGGCGAGACAUAGUGAACUUUUGCGAUGA